UCUGAAAUAAUUUUUUCUCGACUUUGUGCUGAAAGUGAUGAAAGUUAUUAUCAACAUUUCGAGCGUGAAAAUUACUUCCAAAUUGCAGUUUUGCAAGUAAAGUUGAUUAAGUUAUCAGUGAGUGAUAAGAAUUCAAAGACAUUUGGUGGUAGCAUGCGAAAUUUUGCAAAAUCAAUUAAUGCAAUGUGCGGAUAUUAUCUUCAUUGAAGUGCGGCAGGUUAGACCUGAGAAACAGUGCGUCCUGAAGUAGUGUGUGUGUGUGCUUUGCGGUGCAUUUUGUGCAUCCGAAACGUACUACGUGAUUGACAAGAUUGAAAAACUGGCAUCGCUGUGAAGUUUAACUUCCCGGAACAAACUAAAAGAAGAAGAAAAACUCAACUCCUCUGUGUGCCAGGCAGUGAAUGAGUGACAGAAGUAGCAAACAACAAUGGUGGCCAUCGUGGUGCAGUUUUUCUGGUCGUAACACUGUUUUUUCCCGUGCGUGUCCGUCGCGAAAACAGUAACUUAUAGUCCCGUGGGGUGUCGAACAAUUCUAAGUUUCCAUUGUUCAAAAGUGCAGUGUUCUAGCCGCGGUCAUCAUGGAUUUUGACGACGAUUCAUCGAACACCAGGGAGGCAUCCUGCACCCCUCCACUGCCGACGACGGAUUUGACACCCAACGAGAUUAUGAAAUUCGGUCCUGCUGGUGUCGACGAUUUGCCUACUCCGGAAAGAAUCCCACCCACGGAAGCAAAUGCGGACACGGACGUGAACGAACCGACUGUCGACCCGGAACCAGCCGUCUCUAAGCAACCAGAAACGGUGGACGGCGAUGUAGCGCAGGGUGUUGUAACUACGGAGGCAGACAAAAAUGGCGAUCAGAACCCGACCGAAAAAGAUAGCACUUCCACUAAGGGAGCAAAGUCUGCUGAUGAUAUUGGGGAGAAAAAAUCAUCGCCCAAGGAGAAAACAGCGACGGAUGAAGUAAAACGAUCUGAAAAGCCUCCAACAAAAUCUGAAAAAACCAACAAGUCUCCUUCGAAAGAAAACGUUGAGCGUAAGACGGAUAAAAAAGAUUUGGAUCGCUCCAAAAACAACAAAAGCAAAGAACGUGAACGAAAUCGCAGCAAGGAUAAAGAUAAGACGAAUGAGAAAGAUAAAGAUAAAGUCAAAGACAAGAAAGCUAAACAAAAAGAUCGGCCCAGUGAUCAAUCAAAAGAACGAAAAGAUAAAGAUAAGACAAGCUUAGAAAAAAGAAAGGAACGCAAGGAACGCAGUGGUUCAAAAGAGGAUCGUAAAAAACCGGGUGAAUCACGAUCUCGACCGAUACGGAGUAAAACAGAAGAAAGAAAAAGAAGUGAAGAUCGCUCCAAAUCUAACAAAAGCCGGAAAUCCAGGUCAAGGGAACGCGACAAGAAGAAAAAGGAUGCGUUUCCGCCAGUUGCAAGAAGUCUGGAUCGUAAGAGGAGUAUGCCUCGGCAGUUUUCUGAGGAGCGAGUCAAAGGCAAUCGAUUCGAAGGUUCAAGAGAACGAUCCUUGGGUAUACGAUCGAAGGAAACUUUUGACAGAACAAGUGUCGAUCAAUUCGGACGGUUCCGGGGUGCUCGCCGCAACUGUAGUGAAGCUUCGAUUCCGAACCGUAACGAAAAAUCUCCAAUAGCCCUAUCUGCAGUUAAGCACACGAUCAGUUCGCCGAUCAUCACUUGGCGGCAGAAGAUUUUCAACAAGGCAACCGUGCGACCUGUUCCGGUAACCCCUGCAAUAGCUGCGCUUCAAGCAUACGACGAUGACACAGACACGUCCCGAUCGGAAAGUGAAAAAUUAUCAAAGAAAAAAAUCUCGACGGUAGAAGAAAAAGUGAAAAAGAAGAAAAAUGUCGUAGAAAAGAGCAAAAGUAAAAGUAAGGAUAAGGACAAACGAAUUUCCAAGAAGUCAAAGGACACCUCCACUAAGAAGAAGAAAUCUAAGGAUAAACGCAAAACAAACAAAAAACGGAAAAGAACGUCACCGGAAGCCAAAAAGAAAAAGCAGAAACUUAAACAACCAGUAGAAGAAGAAGUUCCUAUAAAGGAUUGCACCGAAACUGAUGUGGAUGUGUCUAUGCCAGAGGAUGAGUUGGGGGAGGAAGAAGAGGAGGAACAAAUUAUUAAAAGAAUUAAACUUGAAAAGUUUGAUGAGCGAGAUGAACUGCUGUUUCAAAAAAUUGAUAUCGACUAUAGCAUAGUUAAGCAGGAACCACUCACGGAUGAGGAGAAAGAUAAGGAGAAAGCAAUGUCUAUUGAAAACACAACGGAUACAAUUCCAGAGCAAACCAAUGAAGUACCAACGGAAACCAAUGUAACAUCUCCGGAAUUAGCGACAGAAGAAGCAACUAUUCCCAAAGCAGCCCAAAGUCCGGAACAGAAAGAUUCGACGUCUUCGCUACGGCCCAAAUUCAGCUGUUCAUUCUUAGAUGAUUUGAACAGCUGCAGCAAAUCCACUAUGAUCUCCGAAACUGUAGCCAACAUGGAAAAACCUGAAUUGGAAGAUCAUAAUCGAACUGAAGCCGACUCGCCGGACACCGAUGAUUAUGCUUCUAACUGGGAAAAUGACGAGUUUAACAGUCCUCUGAUAUCACACAGCAAAACAUCUUUGGAAAACACUUCGAAAGAUGUGGGCAAAGGGUCGCUAAAAGAAGAAGAUUCUAAACGUACAAGGCUGGUUCCGAAAAGUAUUCACGAACAGAUUAUACCGCUAGAUGAUUUACUUGAUAUGCAAAGUAAAUUACAAAAUAUAAAAUCACAAAUGGACCAGGCUGCAACGAAAGAAAAUGUUGCCAAAGAAAGCAAAACACCUGCAGCUCCCGGAGCAAAUGCUCCAGAGAAGCUAGUAAGCGAGUAUGAAAGUUUCAUACAACUUUUGGAUCCAACGAAAGUUGCGGAUCCGGAAAAUGCUACGAAGAAAGAAACAGACGCUUGUAAAACGGAGACCAAUAUGGUGACUGAACAGAGGACUCGAUCAAGCGUAUCCGCAAGCACAACUACGUCAUCUGAUAGCUCCAGUUCCAGUUCGGAUUCCAGUUCUUCUAGUUCUUCAAGUUCAAGCUCAAGCUCGUCCGAGUCAUCCUCAGACAGCUCGGACGAAGAAAAAAUGAAGAUAAAAAAGAUGAAGAAGGUGGUACUUGUUAAAAGAAGAUUGAUAAAGCCUGUGAAGCCGAUCAUACCAGUGGAAGACAUUGAAAAGUUAGCCAGUGAACUUAUGGCGCCCGAUGAUAGCGAAAGCAAUGCGGCAAUUGAAACCGCCCCUGACCGACCACAAGAAAUUACACCUCCAAAACCACCGCCGCUUAUCAUACCGGAACACCUGUUACCGAAGAUACCCUCAAACACCAUCCAAUGCCCCCAAACACCAUCCAAAAUCUACAGCAUCCGAGAUGAUUCUUUAGUCGAACCAAUCUCUAGCCAAGAAUCCAUCACCAGUGCUGUGAAGCCUUUGACUCUCGAACGCGAUUCACCAUUCAAGCUGAAACUCCAAAACAAGAGUAAGAUUCUUCCGGCUUUUGCAUCAACAGCCCUGUUAGGCCCUGAAGACGAGGAAGAAACUGUUGCGAAAAAAGAAGCAAAGAAUGAACAGCAUAGCAAACCAUCGCUGAAGGAAAAGGAUAAAAGUCGACCCAAAGAGGAGCGCCAUGCGCGCAAACGCUCUCGAGAGCGAAAAACUAAAGCUCGCAGUCCAACACGUGUACGGGACAGGAGUGCACCACCUAAGAAGCGCCGCUCAAAAGAACGAAAAAGCCUCAGCAAAUCUAAGGAACGAAGCCCCAAUAGGAAGCGAAUAUCUCUUGACAGGGAUCGAGAACGGCGGAAAGAGCGAACUCACAAGUCACGAAGCCCGUCGCUACCACGCAGAAUUAGAAGUCCUCCACCACCAUCUCGACGGCGAAAAACGCGUUCCAGAUCUCGAAGUCUUAGUCCUGCACUGUUGCGAAGGCCACCCAGCCCACCUGCUGAGCGAAGUCCUCGAAGGUAUUCAGCAGAGCGCGAAUGGAGACGUUCCAGAUCACCUUACUACCAGCGCCCUCCAUCACCCAAGGAGAAACCACCUACCGAGAAUCAAAUCGAUGUGGUAACGAGUUCCGGCAGUGGAGCGUUCACAUCCCCCAAGGAUCAGUCCCCUGUGGCAGGAUACAAGAAAAGCAUUGCCGAUUCAACCAUAAGCGAUGCAGAGCUCGAGAACCAGAAGCGCAAAGUUACAGCCUACAGCGAAAGUUCUGCCUACAACAACGUAUAUAGCAAAAACUAUGGCUUUUACGAUCCGCAAGAUAUGGUGCUUGAGGGUCAAGAAGGUGGGGAUUCUCCAAAAAGGAUACCAUUGGAUGAUAGAAUUAACAUAGUAUUAGGGAUCAAUGGGACUGAAGUACCCCAACGUAUUGAAACCAUAUCACAACCACCUCCCCCAGAUAAUUAUGCCGAGUAUCAACCGAUACCAACCGUUCACCAUGACCCACGACAACAGCCGCCACCACCACCGCAUCAACAAUACCAAGCUCAAUUCCCUGGGCCAAUUAACUCUCCUCGACCGAUGGGGCAUCCCCCUCACCAACAACAUUAUCCACCCAAUUAUCCUCAAGAAUAUCACCAUAAUUUACCUCCUGGACCAUCUGGCCCGCCUGGUUACCCAUAUGGACAAGGACCCCGACCGCAAUUCUACCCAGGCCCACGUGGACCCCAGCAAAAUUGGCCAAGAGGACCACACCCACCCAUUCCGCAACAACAAAUGCAGCAUAUUAACCUUUAUCCAAACAAUAUGUAUCUUCAUAACCCCAACAUCCCACCCCCACCGCCAUCGAUGGUACCAGUAGAUCAAACGAAAACCCAUGUCAAACAGGUGGGUAACGUCUUGGAGAUUGUCCCAACUACGGUUCCUCCGCCAGUUCUUCCUCCAGUGGUCAAGGUUUCUCCACCGCCAACUCCGGUGGAUACUCCCACAAUCCCGCUUCAAGUCGUCUUCCCCAUCCAACCAGCCCCGUCAGUUACUCCCAUUACUAUACCGCCACCCACUUCUCUUAUCCUUGUUGCCCCCAAGAUCUUGACUGCCGAAGAAUUGAAACUGCGUCACGAACGAAGGCUAGAGUUGAAGAAAAAAAUCCGCGUCGAACGGGAGAAAAAGCGCAUGGAGAAAAAGAUGCGCAAGGAGAAACUCAAGAUGGAGGUUAAACGAUUGCUGUCCGAAACAGCCUCGGUUGCAAAUGUGUCCUCCUCCGAUGAAGAGUUCACUGCCGUCAAACAUCAGGAAUUGGUGGCCUCGUUGAAUCGAAACUACGAUCGGAGUAUACUGCGAACCAAAACCGGCUCGUGUGUUGCCAGGAAAAAGGUCCUGUUUGCCGAUGGUGUAGCGCCUGGGGACGAAUCCUCGUCAUCCGGUGCUGAAGCGCUCCGAUCGCCUGCCAAAAUUUCCGCUUCUAAGACACGCAAGAAACUGCGCCGGAAACGUACCUUGAAAGCAACCGGUAGGAAGCGGUUAAUGGAUCGAUUGAAGUUACCGGAGCUUAACCUCGAGGAGCAAGAACAAGUGGACCCGGAGGUAGAAAACAUGCCGCCGCCUCCACCACCGCCUGGUUCGCCACCGCCUGAUGUAUCGCAACCACGUUGCAUUAAUCCGCCCCCAGUGCAAAUAAUCGAUUUACGCGAUGCUCCCCAAAUGAUGCCCUUUCGUGCUUCUAGUGGCAGUUCUACACCUUCGGGUACGCCUUCUUCUGGUGGCGCUAGCAUGUCGUCUGCUGCGUAUUCUCCAGCAUCAACACCAUCAAACGGUGGAAGUAAUUCUGCUAAUAAUCAGAAUCACAAUAUGAACAGUCACGGAGGACCACCUCCACCCUCCGCGUCCGGCGUUAGUCCCAGCAUGUACAGGCCCGUUCCGAUGCCCCCGAAUGUACCCCCGCCUCACAUGCGAUCGCAUCAUCACCACAGUCAUCAUUUUCAUUCGCACCAUUCGUCAUCACUGCCACCGCAUCUGCAUCCUCCGCCACCACCGCCAUCCGGAAUAUCUCCGGGUGGUUUGAUAAAGAAAUCCCGCAGGGAAGGAUACCGCAGUGCGCCCCAUCCACCCCCAUCAAUGGAUCAAAUGCCUCAUCAGAUUGAAACAAUUGGAACCUCUGGACCUUCUUCGCGGCACCCAAUAUACGAGCCAUCGCAUUGAGAUCAUCCAGAAGGCAGAUCUGUUGAAAAAAAAAACUUCAGAAAAAUAGAAAACUCGAUAAUAGUAAUAUAUUAUGAAAUUUAGUUUCUAAGUAUAUUCGUGUUUAUAUCCAUUAAACAUUGGAUAUAGCAUUAUGCAAGAACGAAAAAAAAAAUCAACUAAGCUUUGGAGUCCACAUUGUAAUUAUUUGAAUUAUUCAUUAGCGUGAAAUCUUAGAACUACUAUAUGAAUAAUAAAAAAACGUUUGUUUGAGAAUCACAAAUUACGUUAAAAUGCAUAAACAGGCAAUAAACGGCUAUUUUAAUUCUAUAAAACAACUUAUACCGUGUGUCACAAAAUUAAUAACAUUUGAGUUGUGUAAAACAGAUACUGUGAGGUUUUGAAUUGUGACGCUGCAAACCAGUUAUUGCUGUGUUCAUUGAACAUGUGAAAUGAAUAAUUGUGGUUGCUCAAACAAACGAUUUUAAUUUAACCUUAACAUAUUCUGUCGUUUUGUGUUGAACAUACCUGAUUUAAGCAUAAAAAACUGAUUUUAUGUAAAUCCUUAGAAUAAAAAAAGAAAACAUGUUAUCUUCUGUA